GCGGUCGGGGCUGGAGUUGCAGGGGCGCGAGCGGAGCGUGCGAGCGGGAGCCCGAGCCGCGGAGCGCACUGCCCCCCGCUCCUUCGCCGAUGACCCCGGAGCUGGGGUCCCAGGGCCGCCCAUGCAGCAUCCCUGCGCCCCGCCGACCCCGAGUGGAUGGUAAACCUCUAAACCGGCUCCGCUGCGGAGAGCCAUGAGCUGUCUGGAUGUUAUGUACCAAGUCUACGGUCCUCACCAGCCUUACUUCGCCACCGCCUACACGCCCUACCACCAGAAACUAGCUUAUUACUCCAAAAUGCAGGAGGCUCAAGAGUGCAACGCCAGCCCAAGUAACAGCAGCGGCAGCGGCAGCUCCUCUUUUUCCAGCCAGACUCCCGCCAGUAUAAAGGAGGAAGAAGGCAGCCCGGAGAAAGAGCGCCCACCAGAGGCGGAGUACAUCAACUCCCGCUGCGUCCUGUUCACCUACUUCCAGGGGGACAUCAGCUCCGUGGUGGACGAACACUUCAGCAGGGCCCUGAGCCAGCCUAGCAGCUACUCGCCAAGCUGUACAAGCAGCAAAGCCCCGAGGAGCUCUGGGCCCUGGCGGGCUCGACGCUAUUCCCUCUGUGGUGCAUCCCUCCUGAGCUGACCUGCUGACCCAGGGUUCCCCCUUCCCUUUCCCUUCUGACCAGCCAGAAGGCUCAGCAUCUGUGCCUCUCACUUCAAGGACGAGGACAUGGGGAAAGGCAGAGACUUGGAACUUCUCCCUGUGUCGGGAAAACCAAAUCACACACCUCAGAGAUUUCAUCUAAAAAUAAUUCCUUCUGCCAAAAGAGCGGAUCCAAAGACUCUGAAUUAUGUUUAAUGACUUCUGGGCAAAUCACUGGAAAUACCUGUGGUGAGAUCACUUCGGUGAUAGGAUAGCAUAAGUUAUCUUGGAAGGAGGGAAAAACAAAAGGACUUUUUGGUGUGAAUAUUUUUUAUGCUGAUGUGAAUUAUUUCAUACGUAGUGUGAUCAGAGCACUACUGACGUCAAUAUCCUCAGAUUUAACAUGUAUUUGUAUUUGCAUUGAAGACUGUGGUAGAGAAGUAAAAAGAAGCCGAUCAUUCUUCCUCACCUCAGAAGCCUCCAGCUCCCUUCCUGCCCACUCCCCCCUACAAUUCUGACUCCAGGCACAAAGACACACUUUCUUCCUUUGGAUUGUGAACAUUGGAGGCCUCAGCCUGCAUAUGAGUGGCAAGUGGAUCAUCUGGAGCCACCUGCCCAAGUCUUAUUGAAAUGCAGCUGUUGUAGGACAACUGUUUAAAACUCCAGAAAUACAUCGACCAAGGUGGCACUUCCCAGUGUUUGGCACAACAAUUGCAAUUGCACUGGAUAUAUUUUAUAUGUGUGUGUGUGUGUAUAUCGUAUUUUUUACAAGGAACAUUUUACGAUGAAAGAAGAAACCCUUCUCUGCCUUCUCUCCCACAAAUUCUGUCCCUCGCCUUCCUCCCCUGGAUGAAAACAAAGCAUCAAGAGACCCCAACUGUCUC